UUUGUACUCAGAAUCAUAUUACAGAGUGAACUUGGCUGAAACAAAGAAGGCAUUCAUAACAAAUGGGAAAUUAUAAAUCUAGGCAAACACAGACCUGCACUGAUGAGUGGAAGAAAAAAGUUAGUGAGGCUUACACCGUUAUUACCGAAAGGUUGGAGGAUGAUCUCAAGAUUAAAGAUAUAGAACAAACAAAACUUAAAUUGGUUUUCAGCUCAGAUGAAUCUUUCGGCAAAGUCAAUUUAAACUAUCGAACAGAAAAUGGUCUCUCGCUCCUUCAUUUAUGCUGCAUCUGCGGCGGUACUAAAGCACAUAUUCGAACCCUCAUGCUUAAAGGAUUACGCCCUUCCAGGCUCACAAAACAUGGAUUUACUGCGCUCCACAUGGCUGCUUACAAAGAUAACGCGGAGCUACUGACUGCAUUGUUGCAUGGGGGCGCUGAUAUUCAGCAGGUGGGGUAUGGAGCCCUUACUGCCCUGCACAUAGCUACCAUUGCAGGACAUCAUGAGGCUGUGGAUAUUCUGUUACAGCAUGGCGCAUAUGUCAAUGUUCAAGAUGCUGUGUUUUUUACCCCGUUACACAUUGCAGUUUACAAUGGGCACGAACAGGCUACUCGUCUACUGCUGAAAUUUGGCGCAGAUGUGAACAUGAGUGGAGAGGUUGGGGACAGACCAUUGCACCUCGCCUCUGCCAAAGGAUUUCUCACUAUUACGAAACUGCUGCUGGAAGAGGGGAGUAAAGCAGAUGUAAAUGCCCAAGACAAUGAAGACCACGCACCUCUUCACUUCUGCUCACGAUUUGGUCAUCAUGAAAUUGUAAAGUUUCUUCUGCAAAAUAAUACAGACGUACAACCUCACGUUGUGAACAUUUACGGAGAUACCCCAUUGCACCUAGCUUGUUACAAUGGGAAAUAUGAGGUUGUAAAGGAUCUGAUUCAGUUAGCUGGCACAGAAAGUCUGCCAAAGGAGAACAUUUUCAGUGAAACAGCCUUUCACAGUGCAUGCACCUAUGGAAAGAACAUUGAGAUGAUAAAAUUUCUUCUUGAUCAAAACAUUGUAAACAUUAAUCACCAAGGAAGAGAUGGACAUACAGGAUUACAUUGUGCCUGCUAUCAUGGCCACAUCCGCCUCGUUCAGUUUUUGCUUGACAACGGAGCAGACAUGAAUCUGGUGGCUUGCGAUCCCAGUAGAUCUAGCGGUGAGAAAGAUGAGCAGACGUGUCUGAUGUGGGCUUACGAGAAAGGUCACGAUGGAAUUGUAACGCUACUGAAACAUUAUAAGCGGCCCCUGGAUGAAUCUCCCUGUAAUGAGUAUUCUCAACCCGGUGGAGAUGGUUCCUAUGUAUCCGUUCCGUCUCCUCUUGGGAAAAUUAAAAGCAUGACUAAAGAAAAAGCAGACGUGCUUCUCUUGAGAGCCAGUUUGCCCUCUCAUUUUCACCUCCAGAUGUCAGAAAUUGAAUUUCAUGAAAUAAUUGGCUCAGGUUCAUUUGGAAAAGUUUACAAGGGAAGAUGCAGGAAUAAAGUUGUUGCGGUGAAAAGAUACCGAGCAAACACGUACUGCUCCAAGUCUGAUGUGGACAUGUUUUGUCGAGAGGUCUCCAUUCUCUGUCGCCUCAACCACCCAUGUGUGAUUCAGUUUGUCGGAGCUUGUUUAGAUGACCCAAGUCAGUUUGCUAUAGUAACGCAAUAUAUUUCGGGCGGAUCUCUCUUCUCCCUGCUGCACGAACAGAAAAGGAAUAUUGACCUUCAAUCAAAAUUAAUUAUUGCUAUAGAUGUUGCCAAAGGAAUGGAAUAUCUUCACAACCUGACAUACCCCAUCAUACACCGUGACCUAAACAGUCACAAUAUCCUGCUGUACGAAGAUGGCCAUGCUGUUGUGGCAGAUUUUGGAGAAUCAAGAUUUCUUCAGUCACUGGAUGAGGACAACAUGACCAAACAGCCUGGGAAUCUUCGUUGGAUGGCUCCCGAGGUUUUCAGCCAAUGCACGAGAUAUACAAUUAAGGCUGAUGUCUUCAGCUAUGCAUUGUGUCUCUGGGAACUUUUAACAGGAGAGAUUCCGUUUGCUCAUCUAAAGCCAGCCGCUGCAGCCGCUGACAUGGCAUAUCAUCACAUCCGACCACCAAUUGGAUAUUCUAUACCGAAGCCCAUAUCUUCCUUAUUAAUGAGAGGAUGGAAUGUGUGUCCUGAAGGUAGGCCUGAAUUCUCAGAAGUUGUGUCUCACCUUGAAGAAUGCCUGUGCGAUAUUGAGCUGAUGUCUCCUGCCUCCAGUAACAGCAGUGGUUCCCUAUCUCCUUCGGCCUCCUCGGACUGUCUGUUUGCUCGCGGGAGUCCUGGCCGGAGUCAUGUUGCAGCACUGCGCACUCGCUUUGAGUUGGAGUAUGCUUUAAAUUCAAGAUCUUACUCAGUUUGUUCUCACAGCACUGAUCAAAAAUCAGCACAUGGACUUUCUAUGGAAGAAAUGAGAAAAAACUUUCAGUACCCACCAAUCGACAAAAAUGGUUACGUCUCGGAUCCCAUGAGCACAAUGCGGUUUCAUUCCUGCUGUCAGAAUAGCAGCUUUGAAGAUGGUAACUGACACAUUGAUCUAUUGUUUGAACAAUCCUAUCACUCUGUAAGGGCGUUAGAGCGUGUGCUGGGACUUACGAAUUUUCAUAAAGCCUGGUUCUAGUUUGAUUUUCUUCUGAUAGCGUUUACUUAAAUUUUUAUCACAAAGAAUAUUCAUCUUUUUUUUUUUAGUUUUUUUUCUAAAUUCGAUAUUAAAUGGGAAAAAAAUUGAUGGGUACGAGAUUCAUUUGAUUCUGUCCAUCUCAGUCUCUCUGAAUGUCAGACUGUCUGCCCAUCUCUCGUUGUUGCGGAUAGACUGUGUUCAAGUAAGCAGGAUCUGUGUUAGAAGCAAUGCUAUGUUUAUUUAUGUUAGGGUUCUAAUUACCAAUAUUUUGACGUUUGCAGCUGAAAAUACACACCAUAUCUUGUGGCAUAUUUUGUUUUGACUUAACGAUGUGCAAGUGAAGAAUUCUGCAUAUUACAUUGUAACACUAGCAGGUUAAUUAUAUGUGUGAUCCACACUAAUGCUAUAGCACAUUGACAGCUAACUUUAGCUCUGCAGGUGUUUGUUAAUUGCUUUAUCCUCAAGCUCGGAUGAGCAUCAUGGGAAUUGAUGUCCACACACAUCUGCAGUGCUAAGAUUAGCUAUCGUUGUUAGGCUCCUCUAACUGGAUAUGUUUGUCCCUAAUGAAGUGUUAAUUCAGUGCACCUGCUUGUUUGUGAAUAAAUCAUUGUAACAUACAAAUACUUUGCA